CUGCGCUCUCGUUUUGUGUUAAAUAGAAAAUCGAAUCACAACGAAACGAGUGUCAGUGAAAAUUUGUACCCACCAAGCAAACAAUGCUUUGAAUCGUGCAAACUAUUUCCAAAUUUUAAACAAACCAAACAUAUCAUUAGCCAUGUAACACGAAAUCAAUUCUACUUUGAGCAAAAUUAGACAGAAUUUACCUAGUCGUAUUAAGAGUAUAAGAAAAGAGUUUUAACAAAACAAAACAAAUACAAAUACAAAAUGCUGCUACGUGAAACGAUACGAUUCUUUUCACAACAUCGAACACUUUACUGUUACUUGUGUCUGAGUUUAUGGAUUUUCUUACUUAUCCUCGGAAUGUACAAAUACAUUAGCACUGCAGAUUCAAAGUCAAUAUUCAAUGUGCACCAGUAUCAGCCGUUUGCGGUCGAGGAUGAAGUGACCAAAUUGAAGAAACUGCAAACUGAUUGCAAUCCGUAUCGGUCAAUUGUGCGAAAAGAUGACGGUGGCAUUUUGGAUGGAUGGAAAUUGCAAGGUGUUUUAAUGUUAACUCGUCAUGGUGACCGUGGCCCAAUGGCUCAUGUGCGUGGAAUUUCAUCGAUUGAUUGUGGUGCUGGUCGUCAAACUAAUGUUCUUCUCAAUAAAUAUCGCACAUUUCUCCUAAAUACCACGGCAAAUGCUCCGGCUGGUCAUUAUAUUUUCAAUAAGAAUGGACCAUUCCACAAUUUUCCAUUGUUGCCUGCCUUUUCGAAAGCCUGUCUACUCGGCCAGUUGACCUAUAAUGGAAUUGCACAAAUGCUUCAAGUCGGUGAUCUUUUGCGUCAAGUGUACGCACAUCCAUUGGGUUUGCUUACGAAACCGCUUGCAAUGCCAAAACUUUCAAACACAACACAAACCCAGGCGGCAUAUCCGCCCGAAGAAAUUAUCAUUUAUUCAACACGUUAUCGUCGUACAUUUCAAUCAGCAAUGGCAUUGAUGUAUGCCUUUCUACCGGAACGUUGGCUAUCGCUAAAUUUGCAGGAAAGUCAUUCGUUGGCAUUUUGUUUUGCCGAUUGUGCAUGCCCCAGAGCCGAUCAACUAAAUAAUUUACUCGCCAAGGAAUUCGCCAAGCAGCUGAACAAACAUCCAACAAUUGCUGCGGUCGUUCAAUGGAUUGGAUAUAAUGUGUUACAAAAUCCAACGCCACGAAUGCAACCGCUUGAAGUGCGCGAUGCUAUUUUAUCAUUAGUUUGCCAUAACGCACCAUUGCCAUGCCGGCGAAUUACAUCCGAUUAUAUGGGAACUACGGAUAAUGACCGAACAUCAGCCGCCACAACAACCGAAUCGAAUGAUUUAAUCAACAUUGACCAAGAAGAUAACAAUGUGAACAAUGGGCCGAAUGUAGUUCAAGGUGACAGUCAAUCGAAUCGUAUCGUUGAUCCCGAUUCCGACUCAGUUGAACCGGAAAUAGAAGGUUGUGUUGAAGCAAGCCAUGUCGCCGCUUUAAUGUCAUACACUCAAUGGCAAGGCAAAAGGGAAGCAAAACACAAAUUGUCACGACAACAAGGUUUACUGCGUGCCUAUGGCCUCAUUCGUAAUAUUGUCUCUCAUAUGCUGAGGAUAAUUUCCGGUGAUAAAGUUAAAUUCGUUCUAUAUUCGGGCCAUGAUCGAACGUUUCAGUUUCUGUUGACCGCAUUAGGUAUAUACAAACCAACGGGUGAAAAAGAUCAACUUCCGAAAAUGUCCUAUUUUAUACCGUAUGCGUCGCGAAUUGCGUUUGAAAUCUAUAAAAGUGAUGCGAGCAACGACGAUAAUACGGAGUAUUAUUUUCGUGUUAUUAUCAAUGGCCAAGAUAUAACACGAAUGAUUGAGUUUUGUGAAGGUGGCCGAAGUCUACGAAUUAACAAAAAUGCCAGAGGCAACAAAGCCGAUCUAUGUCCAAUUGAAAAUAUCAUACGUUUCAUUCACGAUGAUUAUUUUACCCUGUUCAAUGCAACAAACCAAAAAGACGCCUGCUCCAUACACCAGAAUAACGAAUUUUAAAGCAAAUUUCUAUUUUAAUUCUACAAUCAAGACUACAACAAACAGAUCUCUAAUUAUGUGAUACAGCAAGAAAAAAAAAUCUUUGUAAAUAAAGGAAUCGAAUAUUCGAAAA